GGCGGCUUUCAAUAUCCAGGUCCCUGCUAGCUACUUUCUCUGCACGCCGGACCAACAACGAUCGAAGCAUGAACCGUUCCAGCACCGUCGACGCCAGCAAGUCUCCAUCCUCGGGAGCGGGCCAGGAUACUAACGGCGGUGCUCAACUGCGGGAAGACAUAAUCCUGACUCCUGCCUCUACAACAAUGUCGGAAGGAAGCGAGGGUGAAAGAAAUGAGAGGCGAGAGGCAGAGGGGGGGUUAACACGGCCGACCGAAGAUAACGCCGAAAUGGGGGAGCCGAAGAUGGAUAACAACAACAAUCGCCGCGAUAAUAUCCCAGAAGUGGAGGAUUGGGCUCAAUACACGCCAUCCCGCAACAGAGACAUUCGUGAAGAGAUGGGCAGUUUGAAUAACGAAAUUCCGAACCUAAAAGAAUUAUUCGCUAGAACUAGUUCUGCUAUGGACGAAGAGGCCGAUCACCUUACGAGAGUAAAGGCAAAUCACCGAUCGUCGCUCGCUUCGCUUGCCGAAUCUCACCGAACUGAGAUCUCAAACCUUACUGCGUCCCACCAGAAUGAAAUCAAAAAGCUUGAGGAAUCACACGUGGAGGAGAUGCGGAAUGCCCGGAGAGGCUAUGGCUUUAAUAACGAUCUCGUUCGUGGAUUGCAUGAGAGUUAUGGGAAACAGAUCGAAUCAUUAGUUCUCGAUCUAGGAGAGGCUAGGCGACAGCUGAAAAUGAAGUUGCGUUCUAUUUCAUCAACUUCUUCCUCGCCUAUGGCAACAAAAUCUAGUGUUUCUUCAUUUCCCGACGAGGACCCCUUGGUCCACGAUAUCCUUGCGAGAAGGUUACCCAUGAUUCUCAAUUUUGGCGAUCUUGAUAAGGCACUUUCAACUACCGAAAUAUCCAUCCCGCACCCUGGAUCUUCGUUCAGGGCUGUGUACAAACACCUUUGCCAUGCUGCCAAGAACCACCUUCAAGCUCUUAAUGCUGCUGCGGAACUAUUCGCUACUGGUGCUAAAUGGACAUCGGAAGUUCGGAAGAUUAAGCACUGGUAUCAAUCCGCUCUCGAGGAACGGAUCCAUUUUAGGAUUCUAAAUGAGAGCGGUGGAAGUAAUAUCAAAGAUUUAUGGGAAACCGGGUUAUGGAAAGCAGAUGAUUUUAUUCUGCAGGUCGAUUGUGCGGCAGAAGAAGCCUGGCCGAAAGUUCACGUAUAUGACGAAGGCAUUGCAGAGCAACGAAAAAAAUUGACCUCACCCAGCGGGGGUCGGCCUUCCUCUCUGAGGUCUCAAUCAAGAACUUCUUUCGGUCUGACAUCGGAGCAACUUAUCGAAGUUGAAGGUGAAACAUCGAGAGGCUUUGAUGCCACUGCUGAAUUGGAGAGGAUCAACCGGGAGCUUGGCGAACUGGAGGUUCAUGACCAUUUGAGGCAUGCCGGCGAUGAGAAUAAGGAAAAUAUCGAUGGUUCGGUGCCGAAACGCUACGUGACCGUGGAGGAAGUUGUAGACGAGGACGAUCCGGUCAGAGCGGCCGGGGAGGGAGCAGAAGAUGAAGACGUCGGAUUGUCGGUACCCUCCUCCCCAACACCGACUCCCAAGGAGCCCGGGGAGACCACUGUGCCUUUGGGUUGGAUGGACAAUAACAAUAUUGGUGAUAAAAUGGGAUCUAGCAGUAGAGCUGCGUCAAACCGCAGCCUAUUUUCAAAAUUUCUGGAGGAGGGUCUUGGGACCGGGAAGCGGGACAAGAGGCCUACCAGCGGAUCAAACGCGUCUGAUUCCUGGCGAUUUGAUGAUCUUUUCUCCUCGCCCACAGAGAGGAAGAAGGGCAAAGAGAGAAGUACAGUGUCCUCAGAUGAAUCGUUGCAGGAUCGGGAUGAGCAAACAAAUGGAGCUAGGGGACCCCAACCUUGGAGAUGGAUCUUGACUCCCGGUGGAACGGUAAUCACACCACCGCAAUAUGAUUCAGAUAACCAAGCUCCUAAAGUGGGGACACAGAGCUUCGAAAGAGCUAGUGCACCGCGUUUGGGGAGGUUAAAUGAGGAGGAUACCGAGGAUGAACAUAUCAUUAGCGAAUCAGACCAGCCAGACGUUGAACAGGAGGAACUAAGAACAGAGAGAAAGAGACGUAAGCCUUUCUUCCUCUUCGGCGAGGGACCUGCGGCUUCUCCGGCUCCUCCCCCGGCCCCCGAACCAUCCACGCGAAAGUCUCCGACACUUCCAGCUUACCUUCGUGCUGAGAUGGAGAGUUCAUAUCAGAGCACAAGGAUCGACGAUGACUCGGAUAUUGACGAUAACCAGCCAAGGGAAGCAGAUAUUGAGAAUGCUUUCUCGAAAAUGAAACCCGGCCCAUGCGAUACUCCCGUAAUGGGUAAUUCCAGAACUGCAGUUUCCUUGACCCCGCUUCUCGGAGAUAGAAGUCCAACUCCUCGGCGAGGUGGGCCUUCUCUAAGGCUCGAUACUGACAAUUUCAAAGCCACUCGCGGGCCGGGCGAACGUUCUGCACCAAUGCCCAAGGCACCCAACCCAAGUGCUUCGACGAAGGGGCCCAAGUAUAGAGGUGGCAGCGGCUCCUAUGGCUAUCCUGGACCCAGCCAUGUGCAAGAGGGAGGGGGUUUAGACGAACCAUGGGAAUCAGCGUCUGAAGGAAGUGCCUCUGGGAAAUGGGGUAGUCGACGUGGCAAUCGAUGUGGCCAUGGGAAAGGCCCUAGCACGCGUACAUGGAGGCGUGACCUUGAUUCGGAAGAUUUCCGAAGCCGAUCUGUUUCCCCGCAAAUUCCACCGCCAAGUCGUUCGUCAAUGACCACUACUGAUAGAAGCGCCGAUUUUAUCCCUCCACCGCAGACUUACCAGCAGAAUAUCGGCAGUGGCAGCGGCAGUAACGGCCCUGUUCGCUAUGGUGGAGUGCGUUAUAUGGGACCUUUGGGCCCCACCCAUAUGCGAAAUUAUGCAGGUGCCCACCAAGCAGAUAUGAUCUUCCACCAGCAAAUGAAGAAUCCAAAGGAACUCUUUGCAGCCGGCUAUCGGCCGAACGGCCCCCCGCCUUUCAUCAGCCCUAUGGGUCCGGUAUACGCUCCAAACCCCCCACACUCGGUUUCUGCUUUUGGAGGUGGUGCCAUGGGAAGGUCACCUGCGUUCCUCUUAGGAAAUAAUGAACAAAGGGUCGCAUCAGAGAACGGAGGCAACUGGCCGAUGCGCCCUCCGCUCACGGCGCACCCACAAUUUGGCCCGCAUAUGUGGAAUCUUUCCGGCGAGGGACCCCGCCGAAGCUAUUCUACUGAUUCCAUCUCUCCGCAUUUGUGGAAACUCGAUGCGGAGGGUGGACUGCAACAAGCCCCAGGUCCCAUCCCAGGACCAACGAUGCCGCCACAGCGUCCUGGAUCCACGAUUGCGGACCAAACCGCAUACCAAAACCAGAUUAAUGCCUCUUUGAUGAGUGCCCUGGCCAAUGGAUAUGCACAACAGCCUAGCACCCCCGGAAGCCAUGGAAGCGUGGUGGGGCAGAUGCCAGGUCCACAGUGGUACCUCAAUAUGCAGCAAGCCCAAGCCCAGGCCCAAAUGCAAGGGAACCCAACUAUUCCGCCCGGAUUUGAAGCCUGGACUAGCAGCCCAAUAGGAGGGAUGCCAGGGCAAUGGGCAAUAGGUCCAUUUAGCUCAUGAUUUUUGUUUUUCACUAACUAAAAAACAAAGGCUUGUAACAACUGAAAAAAAUUGUAUUUUUGUAUGCUUCUUUUCCUCCUGUUUUCCUGAUUUGAAUCAUUUCUUCCCCCUUUUCGGCGAGCGGAUUUGCUUUUUUGCUUCCCAUUCCUCAUUUGCCCCGAUAAUCGCUUUUUCUUUGCUUGUUUUGCGGUGGGGUCAAGGGGUUUUACAUCACUUUAGUGAUCACGGUAAAUGCGACGGUUUCGAUGCUUGGAAACGAAAAAAAGGAUAUCAUGGGGUGUUUUUACUUUCUCUUUACAUUUUACUCUUUCUUUUUUUUUUCAACGAAAAAAAAGAAGCUAUUGUAUUCGUUUGCUGGUCAAUUUUUUCUUCUGCCCGGCCCGGGUGGGGCAGAGCGGUCGUUUUUUAUGUAGGUUCAAUAUAUUGGGCUUUGGUUUU